AUGUCUCAUCCUUCUGACCAGUGUGUGCUGGAUGCUAGUGGGAAUCUUAAACCCACCACAAAGAUUGAUUUCUACUUUGACAAGGAUGAUGAUCCUACUGCACCUACUAACCCCCGCCAUCACUGUAAGAAGGCUAAGAAGAACAGAAAGAAGAACAAGCAGAGUGUGAGUCAGAGGAUACGACUGAGGCAGAUAGGGGAUGAGGGUGGUUCAGCACCUCAAGCAAGCAAGCAAACUGGGCCUGCUAAGCAAAAGCACAGGUCACUGCUGUGGUGCAUCGGUAAUUUAGGGGGGUCAAAUACUGUGAAGGAUUUGGUGCUGGAUUUAGAGAGUAAAUCCUGGGCACUAAAACCGGCACUAAAACACAAUAAGUUUUGGAUUGAUUUAGUCAUGCAGAUUUGUGCAGGAAAAACAUACGGAUUUGAGUCAGGGAUUUGGGUCCUAAAUCCAGCAGGGACCCAAAUCCCUGACUCAAAUCCUGCCGGUUUUGGUGCCCAGGAUUUACUCUCUAAAUCCAGCACCAAAUCCUUCACAGUAUUUGACCCCCCUAAAUUACCGAUGCACCGCAGCACCAUAUCACUAGUGGAGCACUGCUGGGCAAAGGGUAUGGAAAAGACCAAUAGUGGAGACCCUAGGCCUGCUAUCUGA